AGAGCUAUCAAGUAAACACUAGAGAGGGAAACACCAUUGCACCGUAAUGGUGGAUUUGGAGGAAAGAGUAAAAUUGAGAGUACUUGGAGAUCGUGUUGAGCAGUUGACUGGCGUGAUUGUACCUACCUGUUUAAAUCAAUUACAGCAACAUGGCCGAAACAUUCAGCAAUACCAAGAGGAAGAAGAAUGGGAAUCACUCAAAAGAGAAAAGAGGAAUGUUUCAAAGACUAUAAGACAAUUACGAACUCAUAUUCAAGAGUUGGAUGAUGUUAAAGGACAAAUUACGGAAGAGGAUCACUCUGAUCUGGAAUUAGCUAUCAAACCAACUCAGGAAAGAAUAAUAGAGAGUAUCAUGGCUUUUAAGCAUUUGGAUCCAAGCGUAGUCAUGAUUGAUGAUACUGUACAAGAGCAAGACUAUGUUGCUUUAUGUAAAGGUGGAACGGCUGAGGUUACAAGUGAAGUUUGGACCGAACUUAACAGAGAAUUGGAAGAAUUACAAGAACUGAGUACUACACUGCUUGAGCACGUCAAAGAUCAACACGAGAUAGUUGACAGACUGGAAGUACAAGUAAAUGAAGCUGAAGAUUAUGUUCAUGGAUCAAUGAUUACAAUUCAAAAGAUGGCAAGAAUCAAGGCAAUGAUGUUACCAGUAGGAGGAGCACUAGUGGGAGGGAUUGUUGGAGGAGUAAUGGGUGGUCCAGUUGGUUUGUUAGCUGGAGCUAAAGUGGGUACUGUAGUUGCUGUAGCAGGGGGCACAGCUGGUGCUGUUGGUGGUGGCAUCAUUGGAUAUAAACGUGGACAGAAUAUUAAGGGAACGGUUGAUGAUUUAACACCAAAGAAAGAACAAUAAUAAAUAUAAUUCAACUUCAACACACACAACCAUACACACUGAGAGUUGAUGUAUAAUUAUUUUAACAGAAAUAUUGUGAUCACAAUAAA